GAGGAAGCAAGGCAUUGGAGGUCAUGUGCGAGUUUCACUGCGCGAUGCGAUCAAAUACACGAGUCUGCAUAUCAUCCUUCUUUACGUGAUUACUGUAUACAUCUUGCGUAAUUUUUGUAAUGAAGCCAAUACAACUAAAAUGAAUACAUCGGGUACUGACGAUCCAUCAUGGCGGACCUAUCUUUGGAUGAAAUUAUAGCAGCAAAAGGACAGAAUUUCAGAGUACAAUUUCAAAAUCAGAAUGCACUUAAAAGGAGGUUUCAGGGCAAGACUGGAAAUCAAGCAGGUCAGGGACAGAGCUCUCGGCAAGGUUUUCAUCUCGGUAAACCCCGCUUUCCUGCUGGUCAGAUCAAAAGAGCUUUCAGUGCACCAGCUCAACAAUCGAAGGAUGAAGCAAAUGGAGCAGGCAGUCUGCUUCUGGGCCCAGGCAAAGGACAGAUUGAUGCUCGAGAUAUGAUAUCUAUUAAGAGCAGAAUAAAGAUUUCAGAUGCACGGACAAAAAUACUUUUAAAAAGAUUACAGAAAGGAAGUUUGGAUGCACGAGCAAAACUGCAAACUAAAUCAAUGAUGGCUGCUAAGAUGGGGGCCAUUAUGACGCAGCAGGGUCCUGCACAGCAGCAGCAACACUUGCUCCAGCCAAACAAAUUUUCUCAGCAACCACUACAAUAUCGACCACAACAGUUCCAGCAACCUUUACAAGCUCAGUUCCAGCAGUCAGCUGCAUCAUUUCAACAGCCUGCACCUAAUUUUCGGCAGCAAAAACCACAGUUUCAACAGCCCCACACUUUCAGCAGCCCCCACGUUUCCAGCAGGCAUUACAUUUCCAACUCCAGAACUCUGGAUUUCACCAUUCUUUGCCAAUCCAACAGCCUUCUAUGGAUUUAGACAGCGAAAACACAGUGGAUUUUACAAUGUCAGUGAACCAGUCGCUUGAUGGAGAGGAACCUUUGUUGACAAGAACUUUGCGGAACCCUCUGGCUGGAGGAGGGACGCUAGUUGAAGAUACAGGUGACAGUUUAAAGAUAACUUGUUCAAUUCCUGAUGUCACCUUUGAGGGAAACAGGCUGACUGUGACACGUCGAUUGCCACAGAACCAUGAACAGAAUGUGCAACCAUACGAUGAGCCUGGCCAGAGAGAAAACAGCAGUAUUAGUCAAGUUCCUCUUAUCCAAAUACGUAAUGACAAAUUUAAGAUGCCACAUGCACAAGGAUCUGAAAGUGAUGCUCCUAAAACCAGAGUUGCCAAACCUUCCCCUUCCAUGCCUGUGCGGACCCCUGUUCAGAUGUCAUCAUCUGCUAUUUCUCAGGCUUCAGCUUCUGGUUCAAUUAGGCCAGCUAUUCAGGCUGCUGUGCAGUCUUCUUCUUCAGGUGUGAUCAGCAGUAACAGGUAUUCUUACAGGAGUGCUACAGCUGUUACAAAGUCAGUGGAAGUGGUUCCAGGUACACAGAAUAGACUGAAGCCACCUCCUGUUUCAGCACAUAAAGUACCAACACAGUCAGUUUCAGUCAGAAUGCAACAGUCAGGACAGCCUCUUUCAAGGUCAAAAACUGAUGAUACUUCCGAAACUACAAAGACUCUGUCAAGCAGGCCACCACUUACCAAAAGACUUGCACCAGCACCAUCGCAAAGUCUGUCUGUGGCAGAUCGGAUCAAGCCACCUUUACAAGGACAACCUGCUGGCUCAAAGGCCGGUAUAAAACGGUCAGCUCCCAUGUCAUUGUCUGACAGGUUCUCGUCGUCUGUAGCUGGAAGUCCUAUCCCUGUUAUCACAGAUCAUGCACCUGAGAAAAAACGCAGACAAGCAGUACCGCAGUCUGUACAAUCACUGGAAGAGGAGUUUGGAGAGGACUUUGAAUUAAGGGAACAGUUUGUGGAUGACAAUGAGGAAGAUAUAGAAAAUCCAGCACCUACUGUAUUGAGUCCUCUUCAAGGAUAUCGUGUACUUGUCAGCAACUUGCAUGCUAGUGUAACACAGGAAGACAUCAUCGAGCUAUUUGGUGCCAUUGGGCCUUUGAAGAGAGCCAACCUUCUACAGAGAGGGCAAGCAGAAGUUGCCUUUAUCCAUAAGGAGCAUGCUGCCAUAGCUAUGAAGAAGUAUCAUAACCGUGAACUUGAUGGCCAGCCCAUGUUUGUAAAAGUGGUAACACCUUUAAAUGCUAAAGUCCUGAAAAUUCCUGCUGUGGAGGAAAGUUCUACAGCAGGGCUUCCGGCUUCACUCAGAACAAGCAAGAAACCAACAGAAACUUCAGUACCACUUGAGAUUCCCCUCAUCCACAAAGCUUUGUUCAAGACUGGGAGUCCAUCCACUUCAAAAUCUGUGCGUUUCACUGUCAAAAUCUGAGAAGUCUUGAUUUUUCACCAGGUGUUUUUCAUCAUCAUUUGUGUCAUAUCUCUGACCAAGUUAUAUUGCAUCUUCUGAUUAGUUUUUCAAGACUUAGAUGUUAAAAUUUUGGCCCCUUGAUUAGUAAGAAUUUUAUGCAAAUUGACUCAUUUGGAAAAAGCAAAAAAUUGAUUUGGUGUCACUCAAGGCACCUCCUGUAUUAUUUAAAGAUGAAGUUUUACCUUGAGAUUAGUCUAAGACCUUGAAUGAUAGACAAUAUUUAAGAUGUCUUUCAUUCCUUCUCUGGUAAAAAAUAAGUUGCAAGUGUAUGUCGUUGACAAAGUUAAUGUGGAGUCAUACAUGAAGAUCUUUUAGAGAAUAUUAUUACCUCUCUAUGCUGGUUUAGUAAACAUUUUAAAAUGUGAAAGAAAAAGAAGAAAUUGUUAUGAAGAGUUGAAGUAUUGGUUAUUUUAGAGAGGUCUUAUCAAGGUAUUGCUAUAAUCAAUUUUCAUAGACAAGUUUUAACUUCUAAUAAAGAAAGAAUAGAAAAUGGGAUGUUAUUUGUUUAAAUGCUCACCUGAGAGCAAAACGUUUUUCAAAUUAAUGGAUCUGGUUAUUACAAACACUAAUUCCCAAAACUAUGAGAUGCAAACCUUCAAGCAUUAAACAUGCUCAGAAAGAGAAAUCUGUGGUGCCAUGUGAAUGCAUAAACAUUUUUAUUAAGGUUACUGUCAGCAGGAACGGUGGGCUGUUAAUAAAGACACACAUCCAAUGAUCCACUGUCCACGGCAUCACAAAUUUGACGGAUGAAAAUGAUAUUUGAAAGGUUAUACCUCAAUGAAAGAUGAUUUUCUGUGCAGCUUUGGGAAAUUAGUAUCUUGUGAUGAACUUAAGUCCAUCAUUAGAAAAAGUUGUUUCACUCCAAUGAGUUUAACUUUCAAUUUUUAUUAAUUGAAAUCAAAUCUUGUUGCUAGAAGCUGCUGCUUUUUUAGGGGCACAUUCUAUUACAUAAACUAUGUAUCCUGUCAUGAAAUGAUCACUGGAAAAUAAAAAAUACCCACUUUUUAAAAA